UGGAGAUCUCUCUUCUCUUCUAAAUGAUCUUGCUUCUCGUCCUAGUGCUGAAAUUCUCGAUGCAUUGAGAGGAUUGGAGAGGAAGACUUCGACGGUGUUUACGUUGUUGAAGGCUAGUGUUUAUUCUAUUGUUUUGCAGCAGGAGAUUAGGGAUGAUGAGGGUGCUUGAGCUAUGCUGCUUGACGUCGUUUACCAUGUGCAAAUGGUUGAGCUGGUCAUGGAGCAUUGAUGUUGGAGUUUUGCAUGGAUGGAGUUGGGGAGAGGCUGUUUUUGGUGGUUAUGGCGAGAGGUUGAUGACCCUUGGAGUCACUGUACGCUUUUUGAAGUUUACGUUAUACACACGGAUGUGUCCUUGGACAAGGGCAAUAGGCAAUUGCAGUGUGUCCUCACAGCUUGGAGAGCGUCACUUGCAUGUGUCGCUUCUAAGAGUCGAACAAUUCGCCUAGAAGUGAUGAGGACUGAGAACAGAUGUCGUCUAUAAAGUGCUGAUUUGGGCUAUCUUCCCAUCAGAACGAUCUAGACACGAUGUCACGAUCUAGCGGCUGG